AUGCCACCAUUCUACUAUCAAAAUCUGAAUCAACCGGACGAAGAAGGUCAGUUACAAGAUGGAACGCGUAUGUCGUGGUGCGACGACAGGAGUUCAGCUGGUUCAGUUUCCCCAUUUUUGAAGCAUAUAAUGACGCCUUAUGGUUUGUUUUGGUGCAAAGCAAAACAGAUUUCUGGAUGGGAAGGAUCCCCAUGUAUCGUUCAGUGUUCAUGUUGCCAGCGAUCCCACUACAGAUCUCGGGCCUGGUGCAGGAGUUUCACUGAACGGAGAUGGCGGUGGCAAAUCUUUCGUCCAGUGCUUUCUGCACUCCUAGGCGUUUCGUUGCUGUAUGCCGUUCCCCUGCUGCGGCGCUCUGAACACGUCCCCACAACGCUUUCUAAAACUGCGUCGGACUCGACAGCUGUAAAGGGCGUCACCAAGGACUUUAGCAUUUUCCAGUUGAGUAUGUCAACCUAUGAGAAGAUCUUUGGUGACACCGAUCCCUUCCAAUUCAAGUGCCCCGUACCAGGGGUCCUUGCGGAGGGUUCUGGUACAACGUCUUGCUGCGGUGGAUACAACGCCUUGGGCUGGCCCUUCCAAUUUUUGGAAUGUGAACAUUUGGGCUACUGCACCACGUGUUGGGUCGAGAGUAGCGAGGCGCAGAUGCGACGGCACCCGGGGAUUCAUUUCGCGGGGGCCUCCUGGGCUGCCACCAUCAGCGUGAUGAAUGGCCAGGCCCAGGGCAUUCGCUCCGAAUGGGCCGGAAAUGUUUUGAAGGCGGCGGUCCAGAACAGCCCGAGUCUGGGGCCAACGGUGGAGAAUUCGCAUGUGGGCAACCACCAGAUGCACGUGAAGAUCCGCACGGGGUUGCUGGAGGGGCGGACCAACGUCUGCCUGGCCAUUGAUGAUUGGGAUGUGGACAUGUUGAAUGAAGAUCGAGAGAACAUCCACGCGCGUGUCUUCAAAUCCAGUCGCCGGAAACUGGCCAUCGUGGCCUUCCGCGGCACACAGUUCGAAUCGGCUAAGAACUGGCAUGUGGAUGCGGAUAUUCAGCGAAUUCCCAUGACUUUGCCCAAUGGAAACAUCACUUUGGUGCAUGAAGGCUUUUUGACAGCCUUGGACCACAUCCUUCCACAUGUGAAGCGAUGGGUGGAUGGCUACAUUCUAGGUCUCUUCCAUGCAGUGCCCAGCGAUUGGAAACUGAUCUUCACGGGGCACAGCUUGGGUGGCGCAUUGGCGCUGCUGGCAGCCACUAAGGCUUUUGCAGAGCACUGGCCACGGAAGCCCGAAGCGGUGAUAGGCUUCGGCGUGCCACGGGUGGCGGACAAGGCCUUGGAUGACUGGUGGCAGCAACAGGCACUUUGUGACAAGUUGAUCCGGAUCAAUACCUAUAACGAUUUGGUGCACGUCAUGCCGUUUCACAAGAUGUGGAAUGCAUUCAGUGCGGUCAGCGAUGUCUACGAUUGCGUUGUAUCACCUUUGAGUUGCAUCAGCCAGUCGGGAAAUAUCAUCGGCUCGGCCCCGGACCCUUCGGAGAUGGAGAUCAGCAAUCAAUGGGCGCAUGUAUGCCCUCAGAGCGAGGUGCUCAUUCCAAGCCGCGUGAAAGGGAUCAACGAAGAGUUGGAAGAACUGUCGCCCUUCGGCGGCGUCCUGGCGCACUUGAACGAGAAUUGCCUCUAUGGCUACAUCUAUGCCGUGCUGCAUAGCAACAUCACCACGUUGGACGACUAUUGUGGUUUGUCCCCUGCCAUUUGUUCCAAUAUGUCUCACGUUGGCCUCCCUUGACGUUUGAUUCACAGCCUGGGCUAGUAACUUUAGUAUUCGC